CCCCGGGGAGAGAGAGGGUGGGGGUGGCCUGUCAUCCUCCCCCGCUCCCCCCUCCGACUGCAGCAAUUGGCUAAUAAUAAUAAUAUUAAUAAUAAUCUGUUUUUAGACUCCCCCAGGACCCCCGGACCCCGCUCCAGCGAGGAACCCAGUCUCUUUCGUCGCGGUGCUUCGCGCCUUCUUCCCGCCCCAGUAACUGCCCACGGGGACCCAGGCGCCCCCAGGCCGCGCGGAGCUGCAGUGGAUGGGGGAGGGCAGGAAGGAUGAGGGUUACCGGGGCGGCGGGGACCGGCUGAGCAAAGAGGUGAUGGAAGGGAAAAGGGAAAGAGAAAAAAAAAAACGAAGAAGAAAAAAACCAGAGGCAUGCAAGCGGCUCCCUGGCCAGCUGUUCCAGCUGCAGCUUCCUCCGGCGCGGCCCGGGAGGUGCAAUAACCCCCCCUCCAUCUUUCUCGCACUACCUGUCCCCACCGCCACCACAAGCACACAUUCCUCCCCACCACCCUGUAGCAGAUCUCCGGCCUGUUAGGGGGUAGUAGGGAGGAGCUGGGGGGAGGGGGAGGCCUGCGAGUUUCUAACCUUGUUCUUAUAAACAAACCCACAUGUGCAGCUGCCGCUGCUGCAACUCACCCCACAAUCCCGGAUAUAAGUCCUGCCCCUUUAAGAAGAAAAAAAAAAAAAAAAGCUUCACCCGCCUGCCUCCCACCCCACCCAUCCACCAGGACCUUUGUCUCCCCACCCCCUCCUGUCAGCCGGCCCCGCCCCCGCCCCGCCCCUCCGGCGCGAGGGAACCAAUAGGCGAAGAGGAUAUGGCGGGAUCCGCCGUCAUCGCGGCCGGCCAAUCCCAGGGCGCGUUGGUGGGAGGCCCUGCGGAGGGCGCCGGGAGGAAGAGCGGCCGCUAGGGAGUCCCGGAGUCAAGAUGGAGGGAGUGGGCUGCUCGGCGGCCCUGGGCGACGGCGCCGCGGCGUCCCCGCGGGACCUGAGCCUGGUGCCCGAGCGAAUCCAGAGGCGCGAGCAGGAGCGGCAGCUGGAGGUGGAGAGGCGCAAGCAGAAGCGGCAGGACCAGGAGGUGGAGGAGGAGAAGAGCGGCUUCUUCGCCGCCGCCUUCGCCCGGGAGCGCGCGGCGGCCGAGGAGCUGCUGCGGGGCGAGGCGUCGGCCGAGCGCCUGGAAGAGGCGGCCAACCGGCUCCAGGGGCUGCGCAGACUCCUCAACGACUCGGUGCUCUUCCUCGCGGCCUACGACCUGCGGCAGGGCCAGGCGGCGCUGGCGCAGCUGCAGGCGACCCUCACCGAGCGGCGCCAGGAGCUGCAGCCCAAGAAGCGCUUCGCCUUCAAGGCGCGGAAGAAGGAUGCUGCCGGGGCCGCCCAGGUAGACGCCGCACCCGCCGCCUCCGCGGCCCCUUCGCCGCCCUCGGCCGAGGAGGAGGGAGCUCCCGGGCUCAGCUGGGCCUGUGGCUUCUCCAACCUGGAGUCCCAAGAUUUGGAGAAGAGAGCCGAGGAGCUGCACCAGCGCGACAUCCUUUUGAGCGACCUGACCAACUGCACUGUCAGGCUGCGUGGCAAUCCCAACACCUUGCGGCUGGCAAAGGCCCGCGGCUGCAAGGUGCUCUGCGGCCCGGUGUCCACCUCCGUGUUCCUGGAGGACUGUUGUGAUUGCGUACUGGCUGUGGCUUGCCAACAGCUCCGCGUGCACACCACCAAAGACACCCGAGUUUUCCUGCAGGUGACCAGCAGGGCCAUCGUGGAGGACUGCAGCGGCAUCCAGUUCGCCCCUUACACCUGGAGCUACCCCGGGAUCGACAAGGACUUCCAGGACUCCGGUUUAGAUAGGAGCAGAAAUAACUGGGACCACGUUGACGAUUUCAACUGGCUGGCCCGAAAUGUGCCCUCCCCAAAUUGGAGUAUUCUCCCUGAAGCGGAGCGGGACAUCCAGUGGGACUGAGCACUGGCCACACUCAGUGACGUCCCAUUCAGUUUUACUUGAUGUUGUCACAUUGUUUAUGUUUGCGGUUUCAGGGGCUUGAAUUUGUGGGAGCUCCCUUACUUGUGAGUUCUAUUAAAUUCAUGACAGAA